GCGACUGUCCAGAUCUAGCACUGUAUUUGAAUAUGUUGAUAACUUGAGGAAGGGCCGCGACCCGAGUAACAUUUACUGUAUUUGCUUUCCAGGGCGCCCGCCCAGCUAGGGCGUGAGCACAAAGAUGCUCAUAGGGCUGGUGCUCGCUCUUGCAGGUUUGGUAGCUGGUCAGGAGCUGGCGCUGGCUGAGACACAGUUGCGCGCACAUGGCGGGGGCUUUAUGGUGCCGCUUAAACAGCGACAGCAGGAGCCAUCAUGGCGGAGACACCUGCUACGUAGCGGAUACAUGCCGGUGCAAGGCUCCGUGCGCGAGAUAGGCUACUUUUAUACUACCUUGAAGCUGGGCACGCCGGAGCGGACCUUCUCGGUUAUCAUAGACACGGGGAGUACCAUCACCUACAUCCCGUGUAAGGACUGCUCACACUGCGGGAAACACACGGCCGAGUGGUUUGACCCGGACAAGUCCACGACGGCAAAGAAGCUGGCCUGCGGCGACCCACUGUGCAACUGUGGCACACCGAGCUGCACAUGCAACAACGACCGCUGUUACUACAGCAGAACAUAUGCUGAGCGCAGCAGCAGUGAGGGCUGGAUGAUUGAGGACACGUUUGGCUUCCCGGACAGCGACUCACCCGUGCGGCUGGUGUUUGGCUGCGAGAACGGCGAGACGGGUGAGAUCUACCGCCAAAUGGCGGACGGCAUUAUGGGCAUGGGCAACAACCACAACGCCUUCCAGAGCCAGCUGGUCCAGCGCAAGGUGAUCGAGGACGUAUUCUCGCUGUGCUUCGGCUACCCCAAGGACGGCAUCCUGCUGUUGGGCGAUGUGACCCUGCCCGAGGGCGCCAACACCGUUUACACGCCGCUGCUGACCCACCUGCACCUGCAUUACUACAACGUCAAGAUGGAUGGCAUCACCGUGAAUGGCCAGACGCUGGCGUUCGACGCGUCGGUGUUCGACCGCGGUUACGGCACGGUGCUGGACAGCGGCACCACCUUCACCUACCUGCCCACCGACGCCUUCAAGGCCAUGGCCAAGGCCGUGGGCGACUACGUGGAGAAGAAGGGGCUGCAGUCCACUCCGGGAGCCGACCCGCAGUACAACGACAUCUGCUGGAAGGGCGCGCCAGACCAGUUCAAGGACCUGGACAAGUACUUCCCGCCAGCGGAGUUCGUUUUCGGCGGUGGCGCCAAGCUGACGCUGCCGCCGCUGCGCUACCUGUUCCUGUCCAAGCCCGCCGAGUACUGCCUGGGCAUUUUCGACAACGGCAACUCGGGCGCACUGGUCGGCGGCGUCAGCGUGCGCGACGUGGUCGUCACGUAUGACCGGCGCAACAGCAAGGUCGGCUUCACCACCAUGGCCUGCGCGGACGUGGCGCGCAAGCUGGCGGAGCGCAGCACCGCGGCGCCCAACGCCACCGUCAUCAAGGUCUCGCCGCCGCCGCCCAACCCGGCACCGCCCGCGCCCAAGCCGCCCUCGCCCGCUCCCACCCCCAAGCCGGCGGCUCCCAAGCCGGUGCCGUCCCCUGCCAAGGAUGCGGAGACAAAGAAUGGGGACAGCAGCAGCGGCUCCACGGAUGGCAAGGCUGAUUCGGGCAAGCCCAAGGUCAGCAACACCACCGGCACCUCCAAGCCCGCCGCCACCCCAAGCCCCGCCGCUACCCCUCAGCCCGCUGCGACGCCCAGACCUAGCGCCAGCACCAGCGGCGCGGGCAAAGGCACCGGCGUGGUCAUGGAGGACUACGACUAUGAAGCCGUCCAGGGCGGUCAGGGCAGCGGGGAGGGGGAGAACUUUCCGCUGGAUCACGAGGAGGACUAUGAUGAGACGCUCAAGGAGAUCGAGGAGGAGCUCGCGAAGGUCGCGCCUGUCAUGCCGCUGCCCAUGGCCUCGCCGCCACCGCCGCCGCCCAACGGCAAGCAGGGGCAGGGCGCGGCGCGGCCCAUGCAGUACAAGAAGCCCAAGCCAACGCACUCAGGCAGCGGCAUCGGGGGUGGCGGUCACGGCAGCGGCAGCGGGGGUGCGGGUGCCACCACGUCCGCAACCACCAGCAGUCCUAGCCCCAGCCCCAGUCCACCGGCUGGCGGCAGCGGUGCCAGCAGCACAGGCGAGGCGGGCAGCGGUAGCGCCGCGCCCUACCACGCUCAGGUGGUGAAGGAGUCAUCCGGGAUGGGCGGCUAUGGCCUAAUCAUAGUGGCGGUAGUGGUGGUGGGUGGCGUCAUUGUGGCCGCCGAGCUGUUUGUGUUCCGGAGGCAUAAGCUGCGCGCAUGGCUGGCGUCCCUCAGCCGGGCACGCAGCGCGCAGGAUGAGACGGAACUGGCGCCACUGGCGGGCGCAAAAGGCAUCCUAGGCGGCAGCCGGGUGUAAAGCCUGACAGGCGCGCGAGGAAGACACUGCAUGCGUGUACAUUUGACUGGGAAAGAUAUCGUAGGUGUGGGCUGGUAGGACACGCGAUACGUGGUUAUACAAUAGUGUGUGUGACGUGACCCAUCGGGCGAGCGCCCGGACCAUUUAUUACCUUGAAUGGUGCAAAUAUGAAAGAGCGGACUGGCCUUAGCUGCAAUUUUUGUAUGUGAGUGCGCACGGAAAGCCGGUAGUGGAGAGGGAGCUAUUGGUGUGAGGCCAAGCCACCCUGGUCAGGCUGGGGAUCCAGAAAUGCAGGUGACGGGUUGGCCUUGCGAUGUGGAUUGCGUCGCGACCUUGGAGCAAGCAGCGCUUUGCUGGCCGUCAACCCUUAGACGAGAAGACUCAUC